CACCCCCUCCCCUUCUGCAAAGCUUCGCCCCUACCCUAAGCCCUUUUCCUUCUCUCGCUUUCACUGCCCUGCCUCUCUCGACUCUCGCUCCGUCACUCCCUCCGUCGCCCUCGCCCUCGCCGUCGGCGGCUCGCCCUCGCUCUCGCCUCUCGCUGCUCCGUCGCUCGCGGCCUCUCGCCUCUCGCUGCUCCGUCACUCGCGGCCUCUCGCCCUCGCUCUCUCGCCUCUCGCUGCUCGGUCGCUCGCCCUCGCCCUUGUGGCCGGUGGCUCGCUCUCCGUUGACCGUUGGUCCGUUGCUCACUGCCUCUCUCUCGCUUCGUCGCACGGUCGCAGUUUCGCACCCUCGCCGGCUCGCCCUCCGUCGCUUCACUCGCCCUCGUGGCCGGUGGCUCGCUUCCUCGCUCUUGCCUCUUGCUCCGUCGCUCGCUGUUGCUGGUGAUGGCUCGCUGCCUCUCGAUUGUCGAUUGGCUCAUCAAAUUCAGUCUUUCAGAUCUGCUUCUCUGAAGCUCUUAACUACAGAAUCCAGAUCUGCUUCAACUUUCAGCGGCCCCAAAUCUCAGAUACGGCACUGUUCAUUCCCCCCUUUCUGUGACAUUCGUACAUACACUUUGUGUGCAACUUGACAUAGACAAUCUUACAGAUGGAUUCCCAACCGCUCAAUUCUCUGGGCGAUAUCUUCGAGUCGUCGCUGAACUUAGAAAACAUCCACUUCGAAGAGGGCUUCAACGACGGCUACAAAGACGGUUUACCCACCGGAAAAGAGGAGGCGCGCCAAGUGGGCCUGAAGCACGGGUUCCAAAUCGGGGAGGAAUUGGGCUUCUACAGAGGCUGCAUCGAUGUCUGGAGCUCAGCUAUCCAGCUUGAUCCCAAUUGCUUUUCAUCCCGUGUCCAGAAAAACAUCAGAGCCAUGGACGAGUUGGCCCGGGCAUACCCGGUCUUGGAACCUGAUAACGAGUCCGUGGACGAGAUUAUGGAGUCUUUGAGGUUGAAAUUCAGGUCUGUUUGUGCCACAUUGAAUGUCAAAUUGGAAUACAGUGGGUAUCCGAGCGCUUCGGAUGUCAAGGAUUUUGAGUUUUGAAGGAGAGUUUAUCAGUUGUAUUGUUAUACGUUCACUGGUUAUCUUUGCCUUCGUUGAUUAUUGUUGAUUCAGAGUGAAAGUUGAUUUAUUUCUUUAUUUUGAUUUAAUGGGUUAAUUGUUGGGCUAUAUUGUUAUCUGGGUUGCAAUUCUUUGAUUACUCCAGUCUAAAUAUGUUCUAAGGGGAAAUCCUAGGCACUACCGCACUAGCAGACCCUUCUUUGGUACGGCCCGAAAGGGUAGAUAAAUCUGGCCGCCCAGCUGGGUCUGCUUGCAAUGCCAUCUAUACGGAAAUUUUCCCUUAGUAUUCUACCGGCCAUUCACCUAAACUGGAUGUAGCCCUUGCUAGGGCCUGGUUGGCAGUGUCAUUGGUUCCCACCUAUUAAACAUGUGUUCCUUGUAGCCAAAGCACCACCAAGCUACAAAAUGGGGGAGGGAAGCUGCUUAGGAGACUUGAACAUGAUAUUUUCGGGCUGAAGCUGCUCGGGAGACUUUGUGAGGGAUCAGCCUAGAGAGUGGUUGUAUUGGUUGCCUUGGGCUGAAUAUUGCUAUAACGUGGGGUUUUAUUUCGCUUUGGAAACCAUGCCUUUUGAGGUGGUCUAUGGGAGAGCUCCCCCUGGAUGCUCUCUUAUGAUUCGGGUAAGACUCGGUUAGAGGCUGUGGAUUAUGCUUUGCAGCAGCAAGAUUCUUCCUUUUUGAAGUCUUUUAAGGGACCGUCUGUUACAAGCGCAGGCUGCCAUGAAAAAACAAGCUGAUCAACGCUGUCAAGAUUUAUAGUUUGCUGUAGGGGAUUGGGUGUUAUUGAAGUUGCAACCUUCCAGACAUACUUCGAUCACUUAUCAUUUCAAUAAGAAGUUGUCCCCACGUUUUGAUAGACCUUUUCAGGUACUUCGCCUCAUUGGCAGCGUUGCUUACAAGCUAUUCUUGCCUGAGGACAGCAAGGUACACCCUGUGUUUCAUGUUUCUUAUCUUAAAUGCUUUCAUGGAGGAUUACCUGCAGUGCCACCUGCACUUUCGCCAUGUGGGGCAGAACCUCGCUUUCGCCCUCAAGCGGUGUUGGAUUCAUGACUUCAGUAACAAGGAGUUUCUCAUUCAUUAGGUUGAUUUGUCUCUGGCUAAAGCUUCUUAGGAGCAGGAGGUUGUUCUCAAGUCUAAUUUUCCUUCAUUUGUGCUUGAGGACAAGCACAUUUCCAAAGCAGGGGGUGAUUUUAUGGGCAAUACAACCAGACCUCCAAUCACCCAAUUUACAAGCAUAGAACUAAGCCCAAAACUGAAUAGGAAUAUUUAUUUUCCUAUUUUGAGUCAGUUUCUUAUUUCCUAAUUCCUAUUUUGAUUAGGAGAUUUGCAAUUCGUUUCCGAUUAAGAGUCUCCAAGGUUAUGUUAUAAAUACUCUAUUGUAGUUGAUUACAAGGUAAUAAGAAUAAUAUUUUUUCCAGCAUACUCUGUGUGCAAGAGAUCAAAUGGUUCUCUCUUACGAGUCCUAGCUUUCAACAUAGGUAGAGAAGGAAGGAGGUCUUUGUAGGAGUUGAUCCUUUAACAGAAAGUUUUGGACUUGAGAAGGGCGUCAAGGAGGAAAAGAAAAGAGUAUUCAGCAGAAGAAAGUC